GUUUGGCGGCGGGCGGUGCAGCCGGGCGGGCGGGAGGAGGAGGAGAAGAAGAAGAAGGGGAAAAGGAGGGGGGGCUCCCCUUUGUUGCAUGGGGGUGUCCAGCCGGGGCUGAGGGAAGGCAGGGAGGGGGUCGGUGCCUCCCGCUGCCCCAUGGCCCUCGCUGAGGGGGCGGCCGUGCCCUACGCCGUGGAGCUGGGGCUCACCGUGCUCCACACGGCGCUCUACGCCGCGCUCUUCCUCUUCGCCUACCUGCAGCUCUGGCUGCUGCUCUACUACCGCGAGCGGCGGCUGAGUUACCACACGCUCUGCCUCUUCCUCUGCCUGCUCUGGGCAGCCCUCAGGACCACCCUGUUCUCCUUCUACCUGCAGAAUUCCCUGCAGGCCCUCCGCCUCCAGCAGCCCUUCGCCCACUGGCUCCUGUACUGCCUGCCCGGCUGCCUCCUCUUCUCCAGCCUCUGCCUCCUCAACCUCUAUUUCGCUGAGGUCAUAUUCAAAGUGAAAUGUGCAGCUGAAUUCAACAAGUACAAGGUCCUGCUGUACCUGGGCUCCAUCCUCACCAGCCUCCUGUUCCUGGUUGUGAAUUUAACCUGUGCAAUGCUGAUCCACGAUGAGAUCCCAGAGAAGCAGCUGAGGUGGACGGUCCUGGCCCGGGCUCUGCUCAACGACAGCCUCUUCAUCCUCUGUGCCAUCUCCCUGGCCUGCUGCAUGUGCAAACUGGGAAAGAUGUCUUCAGCCAAUGUCUACCUCGAGUCCAAGGGAACAUCUGUGUGCCAGGCUAUUCUGGUGGGAUCUGUAGUGGCCCUCCUGUAUUCCUCAAGGGCCUGCUAUAACCUGGUAGCUGUGGCCAUAUCUCCAGACAAUGUUCCUGGUCCUUUUAACUAUGGCUGGGACAACCUUUCAGACAAGGUGCACGUGGAGGUGAGCAGUGAGGAGUACGUGGUGUUUGGAGUGGUCCUGUUCCUCUGGGAGCUGGUGCCAACCACGUUCGUGGUGCUGUUCUUCCGCGCUCAGAGACUGAGCCAGAACCUGACUCCAGCAGGGAUGGUCAACAGCCACAGCUACAGCUCCAGGGCCUAUUUCUUUGACAAUCCCAGGCGCUACGACAGCGACGAUGACUUGUCACGGCUCGGGGCCAGGGAAGGAGGCUUGGCCACCCCUCAGUGCUCGGGCUGUUACGGCUCCCUGGCUGGCCCGGACGGCGGCAGCGCCGCGGACAGCGCGCCCUUGCUCUGCGCCGCUGGCGGCUCGGAGAUCAACCACCACCACCACAGCUCCCACCCUGCCCCACAGAACUGAGGAGGCUCCCUCUCUUCCCAGAGUGGCACUCGUGUAUAGGAUUGUAACCUGGUUUUCCUCUUUUCCUCCUCUCCCCCUGAAGCAUCUAACUCAUGACACAAACAUUCCACUAGCUGCCGCAGCGGCGCGCGGGACUGAGCCCAGGGCUGCAGGCAGUUCAGUCAGAGAACUGUGACUUUAAGGUACCAUGUAGCAAAGUGAAGCUGAACUCUCUGGAAGCUUUUUUUUUUUCCCUUGGUCUGGUCUUCAAGAUGUUGGCAGCUAAAUGCACCAGAGCUUCCUCACUAGAAAAGAAACAUCAAAUGCAUAUUUGCACUUUUAUCUGCACACUUGGAAGGAACGAAUUUUGCUCGGGCUGUGCUUGGCCUGAGACUGUUCUAGUUACUCUUUUAAUUGCACAUCCAGAGCUGGGAGAGGCACUGUCUUCCUGCAAAGACGUGUUCCCUGAAGGACUCUGCAUCCUGCCUCCCUGGGAGCGGGGAGCUCUGGCUGGGCAGGGCCCCCGGUGCUGGAUGCUGGAGUUUACUGUGCCAUAUUCCCACCUGGCAGGGCUGGGUGAGGCCUCGGGGCUGGGGGGGUUUUGCUCUGCCUGCUGCUCCCACCUGGCUGCUGCCCUGUGGCUCACAGCUGGGUGAGGUCAGUGUUGCUGCUGGCCCGUGGCAGAGGGACAGGGCUGGCUUUUCCCUGCAGGGAGAGGCUGGAGUGUGUGUGCAGGAAUGUGUGUGAAUCCAGGGCUGCUGCACCCCUGGGUGCUGGAGCAGCCCUGCUCCCCCUCCUCAUGGCCCACAGUGGGGCUCCCCUCGUCCCCCUCAGUAUUAAAUUGCAUUUAGCAGAUAACCAA